AUGGUCGACGAAUCGUCUCCGUACGUGUGUGCCCGGCGGCCCGUCCAGUCGUGGUCCCAAGUGAUCGAGCUGACGUUGAAGCUGUCGCCGGUUAACUGGUUGCUUGUGUUUGUCCCUUUCGGGAUCAUCGCCGGCUACAUGAAUUGGUCGCUGACGGCGAUUUUUUGGCUCAAUUUCUUCGCCAUCAUUCCCUUGGCGCUGGUGUUGGCGUACUCCACUGAAGAGUUGGCGGACACAGCCGGCGAGACGUUGGGCGGAUUGCUUAACGCCACUUUCGGUAACGCUGUGGAAUUGAUCGUGUCAAUCAUCGCUCUCCGUGACGGGCAAGUGCGUAUUGUCCAGGCGCUGAUGCUUGGGUCGAUGUUGAGUAACCUCUUGUUGGUGUUAGGGUGCUGCUUUAUCGCUGGUGGUCUCACUCGCGAAAGGCAGCGGUUCAACCUCACUGCCGCCCAGACGAUGACGUCGCUCAUGGCGUUGUCGGUAGCGGGUCUCUUCAUCCCCGCCGCGUUCCACUCGUCGCUUGGGUUACCGGAAAAGCCCGCCGACCCUCCGAUGGGCACUUCCGGUAAGCACCAGGACGGCAACGACCUCAUCCUCUCGUUGUCGCGAGGCACUGCCAUCAUCAUGUUGAUUGUGUACUGCUUGUUCUUGUUGUUCCAGCUUAAAACCCACAAGAAGUUAUUCGAAGCGGAAACCACCGGCGACAUCCAUCUUACCGAAGAACCCAGCGGGCCCGUCGAACCCCAAAUGACUACCUGGCAGCUGAUCACGGUGCUCGUGGUGUCGACGGUGAUCAUCUCGUUCUGUGCCGAUUACAUGGUGUCGCUGAUCGACGACAUUGUCGAGCGUUCGGGGUUGCUGAAGACGUUCAUCGGGUUGAUUCUCAUCCCCAUUGUCGGCAACGCUGCCGAGCACGUCACUGCCAUCGUUGUAGCGAUGAAGGACAAGAUGGACUUGGCGAUCACCGUCGCCGUGGGGCUGUCGAUCCAGAUCGCCCUUUUCGUCACCCCGUUCAUGGUGUUGGUGGGGUGGAUGAUCAACGUGCCGAUGUCGCUUUACUACCUGACGUUCGAGACCGCAGUGGCGUUCGUGGCGGUGUUCAUCACCGCGUUGGUGUUGAACGACGGCGAGCUGAACUGGUUGGAAGGGGCGAUGUUGUUCAGCACGUACGUCAUCAUUGCCAUCUCGUUCUUCUACUACCCUGACGUCAAGGGUUGA